GUUAAACCGUAACACCGGAAUUGAGCGCCGUAUCGCGUAAACCGGAUACUAGUUUAUAUAUAGUGUUCUCGUACCGGGCGUCACCUGGCGCGCCGUUUAUUCGCGGUGUGAUUAACCUGACACCAUAAUCUGUCCUUCUCAAAGCUCCGGAUUAGCGAGUCUCCAUGUCCUCUCAGGCCGGGCUUCGGUGCUCGCAGGCGGACUUCUUGGCGCGUUGGAUGCCGGGUAGCACCAGAGCCGGGGUGAUCCUCGGACCCGUUCCGGACCCGACUCAGGGGUCCCCUUCCCUGGGGCCGGACGACUCCUUCGCCUCGGACUUCGCCCCUCUGCCGGGCUCCUCCGUGGACAGCAGCUACCUCGGCGUGGACGGGUUGGCCCGGUCACCCGGAGGAGAGACGGCCGAGAGAGAGGGGCCCCAGAGCGGACUGUCCUCCGGGGUUCCGAGGGGUUCCGAUGGAGAGCUGGAGGAGAUGGAGGGUCUGCCCAUAAGGGUGAAGCUAGAACAGAGUGGGUUUCAGAUGGAACAUGGUGUGUUUGUGCAGUUGAGGAAAUGGCAGCAGCACAUGCAGGAGCAGCUAAAAGCCCACCAGCUGGAGGAGCUGCUUCGCCUCCAGGAGGAGCAGCAGAAGCUGCUGGGAAUGAUGAACGGAUCCCCACACGGCUCAGAAGAUGACUCUGAGGCUUCAGGGCUGUCUGAUUCCAGAGAGACCCCAUACAGCUCCCCCAUAAACCGCCAUGGAGUCCCACCGGGCUCCACCCGACUGGAACAAGAGCCCCCACCUCUCCGGGAGCGGCUACCAGGAGUUCAAGAUUGUGAGGAGGUGGAGGAUGAGGAUGAGGGUACGUGUACCUCCAGAGGGGAAGAUCAGGAACAGCGCGUCAGUAGUUCCCAUUUCCACGCGCACGAUGACGCGUUGACUUCGGGGAGCGGUGGAGCGAUGACUUCGGGGAGCGGUGGAGCGAUGACUUCGGGGAGCGGUGGAGCGAUGACUUCGGGGAGCGGUGGAGCGAUGACUUCGGGGAGCGGUGGAGCGAUGACUUCGGGGAGCGGUGGAGCGAUGACUUCGGGGAGCGGUGGAGCGAUGACUUCGGGGAGCGGUGGAGCGAUGACUUCGGGGAGCGGUGGAGCGUUGACUUCGGGGAGCGGUGGAGAGAUGACUUCGGGGAGCGGUGGAGCGUUGACUUCGGGGAGCGGUGGAGAGAUGACUUCGGGGAGCGGUGGAGCGUUGACUUCGGGGAGCGGUGGAGCGAUGACUUCGGGGAGCGGUGGAGCGAUGACUUCGGGGAGCGGUGGAGAGAUGACUUCGGGGAGCGGUGGAGCGUUGACUUCGGGGAGCGGUGGAGCGAUGACUUCGGGGAGCGGUGGAGCGAUGACUUCGGGGAGCGGUGGAGAGAUGACUUCGGGGAGCGGUGGAGCGAUGACUUCGGGGAGCGGUGGAGCGAUGACUUCGGGGAGCGGUGGAGCGAUGACUUCGGAGAGCGGUGGAGCGAUGACUUGGGCCGGCAGCGUGGACGAAGUCUUCUGUGAGCGACCGAUAGAGCCGGGUAUCAAAGGGCAGAAGAAGACAUUUGAGGAGUUGUUGGAGCAGCAGCUGAGAGUGGAGGAGCAGAGGCUGAAGUCUGCCCGGCAACAGCAGAGCCACGCACCCCCCAAGAGGGCCUUUCUGAAGCGGGGCGAGGGCCUCUCAAGAUUCACCACCGGCCGCAAAGUCUCCUUACCAAAAUCGUGGGUGAGGAAGGACCCCAAGGACCCUGAGCCGCAGCUCCAGGCCAGAGUGGUUUCUGGGCCGGCAGCUCUCCAGAGAGGCGUCCAGCGGGUCGGCGUGCAGCGCAAAACCGCCACGCUCAACAAGGAGAACCGGCCCGGGGGUCUGAGUUCGCCUCAGGACGUCAGAAUGAGCAAAGCAGCGCGCAUGAAGGUUCUGGGGAGCCAUCAAAGACAGAACACAGAAGCACCGGAGUCCAUUCAAAGUGACCCGCAGGAGGGAAAACCGCCGAGGAACCUGAAGGAGCAGAACCCCAGGAACGCAGGUCUGUCGGCUCCGGGCCCCAUGAGGAGCACCGGUCCCAACACACAGCAGCCCGACCACGUCACCACACAGGGGGGCGCUCCCAGAGGCCCGGAGAGGGCUGCACGCCCUGCCGCCGGAGAGAGUGGUGCUUCAAGGAUGGAACCGGCGGCCGGAGGAGGCGGCGAAGGAGACGGAGUUUCACAGGAAUGGCUCGAGUCGUCGUUCCAGGACAAGAUCCGGCGCUGGCACUGCGACCGCCAGCUGGAGACCGUGGAGCUGGGGGAGUUUGAGCUGCUGGAGCAGGCGGCCGAGGAGCUGUCCUUCUCCUCCAAUUCCUCCUUCGUCAUGAAGGUUCUUCAGAUUGACCAGCAGCACCGGGGGCUCCACCCGCGCCGCCUCUCCUCCACCCCCAUCAAGUCGCCCCCCGGUAGCGGCGCUGGUUCGGCAGGUAAGAUCAGUUCCGUCCCCCCCGACGCGUUCGUGGUGAAGAUGAGCGGCGACGAGGACUCCGAAGGUUCGACCUGCGGCGCCGCUGAAUUGGAGGAGCGGGAAGCGGCGCUCGAACCGCCGUCGUUUCCCACACAGCCCGACCCGCCGUACGACAAGCAGUCGUACCAGGACGAGGAGAGCAGCGGGGACGACGCGUCCACGCUGAACGAGGAUGCGGUCGUGUUCGACGACGACGACACGUGGAACGAGCUGGACGGGGCCGGCUCGGCCAAUGACAGCAGAGGAGUUAGUCCAGCCGGCGCGGCGAGGACUCUGUCGAGGAAGGUGAGCAGAGCCGUGCAGCUGGACGAGGACGCUCCUCCUCCCGCUUCUCAGCUCAUGACGAGGUUGUUCCCCUCGCUGAACCCAAAAGCCCAGAAUGCACCUCUCCAUCCUGCUCCUGCUGUGGCGCCAGGCCAGCAGCUCCAGUCCCGACAGCUGAGGGAGCGGCUGGUGGAGCUGGAGAUUGAGAUCCAGAGAUUUAAGAAGGAGAACGCUGCUCUCUCCAAACUCCGGCAUGAGAACGAGGAGCAGCAGGAGCUUCUCAGGAAGGAGCGUUUGGUGUUCGAGCGGACGAGAGCGGAGGAGCUGGCCGAGCUGGAGGAACACAAGAGGGAAGAGAACAGGAAGUUGCAGAAGGAGCGCAAACUGUUCGAGAAGCACGCGACGGCCGCCCGAGCCAUCCCCGACAAGAAGGAGCGCGAGGAGAUCCAGGUGUUGAAGCAGCAGCUGAGCUCUCUGCAGGAGGAGCUGAGGGGGAGGGAGAGCCGCUGGGCCUCCUCACACAGCCGGCUGCGCCAACAGAUGGACUCCCUGGGCCAGGAGAACGGCGCUCUGCGGGACCAGAUCCGCAUGUUGGAAAAGCUGCGCCUCAGCACCUGGAGGAAAACCCCCGUGGAGGCAGAGAAGGACCGAGAGGCCAAAGAUCCCAGGACGUGUGAAGGCAACGCCACCAAAGGAGUGAAGUUCGCUAGUCCCCUGGACUCCAGAGGAGGAGGAGGCAGUCCUCCACAGAGCAGCACUGCUGCAGCCACCAGAAGGAGCAGUCAUGCUGCUGCAGCUGGUAUGAAGAGCAGCCUGAGGAGGCCAUCAGUGCCAUGCUUACCCUCCUCUUCCUCGCUGCCCAGCAGGAGGACCGAUGAGAGGCCUGCCACCAAGAACCAGGAGCUGGACGGCUCUCCGAAAAACGAGUCUUUGCCAAACGAGGCGGAGUCAGCGGAGGACCUAGAGGCGGAGUCAGCGGAGGACCGAGAGGCGGAGUCAGCAGAGGACCGAGAGGCGGAGUCAGCAGAGGACCGAGAGGCAGAGUCAGCGGAAGACCGCCCACCCCCCGAUGGCAAGGUGGAGACGCUUCUGGCCAGCGGGGAACGACUCGUCGUCUUCAACAACGGAACCAGGAAGGAGGUCUCCGCCGAUGGGCAGACGGUCAAGGUCACCUUCUUCAACGGGGACACCAAGGAGGUGACGGCCGACCAGAGGGUGAUCUACUUCUACGCCGACGCCCAGACGACACACAUCACCUUCCCCGAUGGCGUGGAGGUGCUGCACUUCCCCAACAACCAGACCGAGAAACAUUUCCCAGACGGCCGUAAAGAAAUAGUCUUCCCGGACCAGACUGUCAAGAACUUGUUCCCCGGAGGCCGAGAGGAGAGCGUGCUGACGGACGGGACCGUGAUCCAAGUCAGCCCGGACGGCACCAAGCAGAUCCUGUUCAACACGGGCCAGAAGGAGGUGCACACGGCCGGCUACAAGCGGAGGGAGUACCCGGACGGCACCGUGAAGACGGUCUACGCCGACGGCCGGCAGGAAACCCGCUACCCCAACGGGCGGCUCCGGGUCAAAGACCGGGACGGCAACGUGGUCCUGGACAGCGGGGCGUAGCGGACCACGCGGGUCCGAUUCCCAGACGGAGCGGCCUCAGCCACAGGAAAUGAAGCGGAAGCCUUUUAACUAUAAUUAAUUUAUUAUUUACUCCAGACGGCAUUAAUGUUCGUUAGUUCUUUAGUCACAUGACCCAAAAUGUUUGUUUACAUUUUCAGUGAAAUGUUCCCGUGUGUUUGUUUACAAUUAUUUUAAAGUGUAAAAAUGUUAAAUACGUAUUUAUUUUCUUAGCUCACUGUCUAUUUUGUAAAAUAAAAAUGUCUUUUUACUCA